GGGAAGGCGGGAGCCGGAGCCGGAGGUGGAGGCGGGGCCGUCGGCCCGGGCUCAGCGUGCAGCAGCGCCUGUGCGGGCCCUCGGGGCUGCGCGAGCAGGUCUAGGACUCCGAGCGGUGUUUCCCCGCCACAGCCGGGGGCCGUGAAGGUGUGCAACUGGCUAAGUUAUCUUACCUCCUGAGUUUCAUAUUCUUCCAUCAAGAAGGUAGCGUAUUUACUCCUUCCUAGGGCCAUGGAAAUGCCUACAUAGAAGAGUGACAGCAGCUGGGCUGAAUGUGUCACUGCUGAAUUGGUUCCUCAGGUAUCCUGGCUCUGGUGAUUGCUAUGGGAGAUUGGAUGACUGUUACAGAUCCAGGUCUGUCUUCAGAAAGCAAAACUAUCUCUCAAUAUACCUCAGAAACAAAGAUGUCUCCAUCAAGUUUAUACUCACAGCAAGUGCUAUGUUCUUCAAUACCUUUAUCAAAAAAUGUGCACAGUUAUUUUAGUGCCUUCUGCACAGAAGAGAAUAUUGAGCAAAGUAUCUCAUAUCUUGAUCAGGAAUUGACUACUUUCGGUUUUCCUUCAUUAUAUGAAGAAUCCAAAGGUAAAGAGACAAAGAGAGGAUUAAAUAUAGUUGCUGUUUUAAAUUGCAUGAAUGAGCUACUUGUACUUCAGCGGAAGAACCUUCUAGCUCAGGAAAAUGUGGAAACACAGAAUUUGAAACUGGGAAGCGACAUGGACCAUCUACAGAACUGCUAUGCAAAACUUAAGGAACAGCUGGAAACCUCCAGGAGAGAAAUGAUUGGUCUUCAGGAAAGAGACAGACAAUUACAAUGCAAGAAUAGGAAUUUGCAUCAGCUACUGAAAAAUGAGAAAGAUGAGGUGCAGAAAUUACAAAAUAUCAUUGCAAGUCGAGCUACUCAAUAUAAUCAUGAUAUGAAGAGAAAAGAGCGUGAAUAUAAUAAACUAAAGGAACGUUUACAUCAACUUGUUAUGAACAAGAAGGAUAAAAAAAUUGCUAUGGAAGUUUUAAAUUACGUGGGGAGAGCUGAUGGGAAAAGAGGCUCCUGGAGGACGGGUAAAACCGAAGCCAGGAAUGAAGAUGAAAUGUAUAAAAUUCUCUUGAAUGAUUAUGAAUAUCGUCAGAAACAAAUCCUAAUGGAAAAUGCUGAACUUAAGAAGGUUCUUCAGCAAAUGAAAAAGGAAAUGAUUUCUCUUCUUUCUCCCCAAAAGCAGAAACCUAGAGAAAGAGCAGAUGAUAGUACAGGAACUGUUAUUUCUGAUGUUGAAGAGGAUGCUGGGGAACUGAGUAGAGAGAGUAUAUGGGACCUUUCCUGUGAGACUGUGAGAGAGCAGCUUACCAAUAGCAUCAGAAAACAGUGGAGAAUUUUGAAAAGUCACGUAGAAAAACUUGAUAACCAAGUUUCAAAGGUACACUUAGAAGGUUUUAACGAUGAAGAUGUAAUCUCACGACAAGACCAUGAACAAGAAACUGAAAAACUCGAAUUAGAAAUUCAGCAGUGUAAAGAGAUGAUUAAAACUCAGCAGCAACUUUUACAGCAGCAGCUCGCUACUGCAUGUGAUGACGACACCACUUCGCUGCUACGAGACUGUUACUUGUUGGAAGAAAAGGAGCGCCUCAAAGAAGAAUGGUCCCUGUUUAAAGAGCAGAAAAAGAAUUUCGAGAAGGAAAGACGAAGCUUUACAGAAGCAGCUAUUCGCCUAGGAUUGGAGAGAAAGGCAUUUGAAGAAGAAAGAGCCAGUUGGUUAAAGCAACAGUUUUUAAAUAUGACUACGUUUGACCACCAGAACUCAGAAAAUGUGAAACUUUUCAGUGCCUUCUCAGGAAGUUCUGAUCGGGACACCCCUACAUUACACUCGAGGUCACGGCAAAAGAAGCCUCACGGUGUGCCUAGCGGGUCUCCAGUUUGCACGUCUAAACUGACUAAGUCUCUUCCUGCUUCUCCUUCUACUUCAGACUUUUGCCAGACACGUUCUUGUGCAUCUGAACAUAGCAGUUCAAUCAACGUUCUGAAUAUCACCACUGAAGAAACUAAGCCAAAUCAGGUUGGAAGAGAAUGUACAAAUCAGAAGUGGAGCAUGUCGUCAAGGCCUGGGUCACAGGAAGGUUGCUACAGUGGAUGCUCCUUGGCCUACACAAAUUCUCAUGUAGAGAAGGAUGACUUACCUUAGAUAUAUGGACAGGGAGUUUUUUUUCAUUAACAUGGUCAUCAGAUUUCACAUCUGAGUUUGAAACAGGGCAUGUUAUAAAGUCAGUGAUCUCUUAAUAAUUUAAGAUGGUCUGUGUUGUUUGUUUGGACUUCCCUGUUCCUCCCCCAAAGAGCUAAAAUGUUAAAUCUAUUUGAAAGGCUAUAAAAACUUUGGAUAUGUAUUUUUAGUAACAGAAGCAUCUGGUUCUGUGAAUAAAGGAAUGUAUACAUGUUUGGAUGGAAACAAAGCACUAGAACGAGUUUCCUAUUAUAGGUAUUAAAAAUAGCACUUUUAGGAAACUGAUUAUUGUAAAUGUUUAAUUUUGUCUCAUACAUAGUUGGCAUUGGAAGUUUAGCCUUUCCUUGAAUGUAUACUGUAGAUUUUUAACAAAGCAAGUUCUAUAUUUAUUAUGUUUAAUGUGAUUUGAAAUUCCCUCUUUCAUAUGUUUUAAAUAAAGUGAAGUUUAUGUAUGUUUUGUACAUAGAUAUACAUGAUUAUGUUAAGAGGCUUUAAGAUUUAAAGAUUUUACACAUCCAUAAUUAUAGUAUUUCAUGCCAAUAAAUUUUUAUUAGUGAUAUUCUGUUACAGAUGUAUGAAAGCCAUUGCCACAUUAUGUUUAAGAAUUUUUUGAACCCAUCUGAGCAAUAAAUACUCAAAAGCUAUUCCAUGAAGCCAAGUUCUUUAGAUAAUUAACAUUACUAACAUUCCAUUUUUGAGAUUUCUACAGCAUUGGAUUUUUUUAAUAUGAAGGAUAUUACAAUUUUUCAAAGGACUGUUGAUUUUGAUGAUGAGAGUACCUUUGGAUAAAACAGUUUAAGAGUAUUGGCUUAGGAUACUUCGAUGUUAGAAGAUACUGAUAUUUAAGAUGUUUGGAUAGUGAUAUUUUCUUUACCAGAUGGGUACCCAUACUGUAACGCCUGUACCAGCAAAGGCUUUGUAUAGUUGCCAGUAAUUCUUUAAUAAUUUUUCAAUGAGAUAUUUAGUAAUAAGGGAAUCUGACAACAUAAAUUAUCAGACUUUAUAGUCCAGAUACUAUAAUACUCUGGACAGACUUGUUUUAUUUUCCAGACGAAUUGCAUGUUUCUUCAUGGUUGUUAUUGUUGUUAUUAUUUAUAGUAAGAAUAACAUAAGUGUGGGCCCAAGCCCUUUCCCGGCUUUUCAUCCGAAAGCUUUAGGUACCUAACCCUUGCUUACCUCUGCAUGUAGAAACCUACACAUCUCCAGUCCUUGCUGCAGGUACUGUAGUUGAGGCCCAUCUGCCUUCCCAUUUUCUAGCAGUUUUAACCAUUUAUAUUCACUCACCUGGUUGUGGCUGUCCCAUUAAAAUUUGUCGUGUUAAAUAGUAC